AUGCCAACCCUCAAAACAAACCUUCUCACUCUACUCACCCUCCUACCACACCUAACAACCUCCACAAAAGAUGACCUCCACUAUGUAAACCCGCUCAUCGGCUCCACAGCCGGCGGCAACGUCUUCGCCGGCGCCAGUCUGCCCUACGGCCUGGCCAAACCCGUCGCCGACGUCGACGGCCAAAACACGGGCGGUUUCUCGACGGAUGGCAGCAACGUCACGGGCUUCUCGCACAUGCAUGAUAGCGGGACGGGAGGAAAUCCGUCGAUGGGCCAGUUCCCCCUUUUCCCACAAUAUUGCCCCGAUAAUGUGGUGGAUAAUUGCAAGUUUGGGAAGACGGCGAGAGCGACGCAUUAUGUGGCUGAUUCUGUUACGGCGCGGCCCGGGUUUUUUGGACUGGAGUUGGUGAAUGGGAUUAAAGCGGAGAUGACGGCUGCGAGACGUACGGCUGUUUAUCGGUUUACCUUUCCUGAGAGUCGGGCUGGUGAUGGGACUAUGCUGGAUCCGUUGGUGUUGGUUGAUUUGACGGAUCUGUGGGAUAGUCGGCAGAAUGCGAGUAUCAGGAUUGAUGCUGAUACGGGCCGUGUGAAGGGGGAUGGAACGUUUCUGCCGAGUUUCGGGGCUGGGUCGUAUCGAGCUUAUUUCUGUGCGGAUUUUGCGGGGGCAGAGGUUCGGGAUAGUGGGAUUUGGGUGAAUGAUCGGGCUGGGUCGGAGCCUAAGGAGUUGUUUGUUACGAGGGGUUUCAACAAUUUUUAUCUUCAGGCGGGUGGGUACGUUACUUUUGCUCGGCCUGAAGAUGGGGUUGUUACUGUUAGGGUUGGGGUGAGUUAUGUUAGUUCUGAGCAGGCUUGUUCCAGUGCAGAGGCAGAGGUAUCGGAUCCGGUGAAGGAUUUUGAGAGUCUGGAGAAAGACGCUGCUACUGCUUGGAGUGAGAAGCUCAGUCCUAUCAAGGUGACGUCUGGUGGUGUGAGUGAUUGGUUGUUGAGCUCCUUUUGGAGUGGCAUCUAUCGGACUAUGCUUUCGCCUCAGGAUAUGACUGGGGAGAAUCCGCUGUGGGAGAGCGAUGAGCCUUAUUUCGAUUCGUUCUAUUGUCUCUGGGAUGAAUUCAGAGCUCAGCUUCCGCUCUUGACUAUCAUUGACCCCCAAACACAGUCAAAAAUGGUCCGCAGUCUGCUGGAUACGUUCAAGCACGAGGGUUGGCUACCUGAUUGCCGCAUGUCUCUGUGCAAAGGGUGGACGCAGGGCGGAUCUAAUGCAGAUGUGGUUCUAACCGACGCCUAUGUGAAGAAUCUCACUGGCAUCGACUGGGAACUAGCCUAUAAAGCGAUGGUCAACGAUGCCGAGAACGAGCCCUUGGAGUGGUCCUAUGAAGGACGUGGUGGUCUGCAAAGCUGGAAAAAGCUCAACUACAUCCCCUACCUGGACUUUGAUUACCUGGGCUUUGGGACCAACUCGCGCAGUAUAUCCAGGACUGUCGAGUAUGCGUACAAUGACUAUGGUAUUGCGGUUGUGGGCAAGGCACUCGGCAAGAAGGACUAUACCAAGUAUCUGUCUCGAGCGGGUAAUUGGAAGAAUUUGUUCAAAGAUGAUCAGAAGUCAUUUUUGGAGAAUGGGACUGAUACGGGCUUUACGGGGUUCUUCCAACCAAAGUAUCUGAAUGGUACUUGGGGUUUCCAAGAUCCGAUUGCUUGCAGUGCCUUGGCAUCAUGGUGCUCGUUGACAUCGAAUCCGUCGGAGACCUUUGAGUCGAGUAUCUGGGAGUAUCUUUUCUUUGUCCCUCACGAUAUGGCAAGUCUAAUCAAGACACUUGGAGGCCCAGACUCCUUCGUGAAACGACUCGACUACUUCCACACAUCUGGCCUCGCCGAUAUCAGCAACGAACCAGUCUUCCUAACGGUCUAUGAGUACCACUACGCCGGCCGCCCAGCUCUCUCCGCAGAAAGAGCCCACAGCUACAUCCCCAGAACAUUCAACGCGACCAACAACGGCUUACCUGGUAACGAUGACUCCGGUGCAAUGGGCUCAUUCCUCGCCUGGAGCAUGAUGGGUCUAUUCCCCAACCCGGGCCAGAACGUCUACCUCAUCACCGCUCCAUUCUUUGAAGCAGUCGAGAUCACCCAUCCAGAAACCAAUCAGACUGCCACCAUCCGAAACACAAAUUUUGAUCCCACCUAUCGGAGUAUCUAUAUACAGAGCGCCACGCUAAAUGGAAAGCCGUACACAAAGAACUGGAUCGGCCACGAGUUUUUCACGCAGGGCAUGACCCUGGAGUUGACGCUCGGGGACCGGGAAAGUGACUGGGGUACUAGUGAGGAGGAUUUGCCGCCGAGUUUGAGCGAUGCAAUUGCUCAGGAUGAGAUGCACAUGUAG